AGAUUGGGCGGGAAAUCUGGCCCAAUCUGGCAACGCUGGUUAGGUACACGCUUUAAAGUUUGAUUUGGCAAUAGAGGGUUUAGUCCAUGUAGCGGCCCCAUCGGCCAGGGUGUAAAGAUAUCCGUUUCUAACUGAAAUGAGAUCAAUGUGUCAUUUUUGUUCACAGGAACGACCGGGUCGAUUUACGUUAAUACAAAUGAAAUAUUGGGCUAAUGUAGCAUUUGUUCAGCGGGCUUUGGCUGCAGUUGACCGCUAGCUGCAGUCACCGACACCCACCUCAUCAUGCGGUUGGGAUUCCUCACACUGAUGUUUGGGAUUAUCACACUCUUGGUUAUAUUGUUAAAAAUGUCCGAUAUUACGGAGGUAGAAGAAGGUACUGCGAAACCUGCAGGAAAGGUGGAGCCAAGUCCUCUGUCAAGUGUAGACAAAUACAUGAGCCAUCAGUCGGCCCGGAGCCCAAACAACACUGCCAACGUGUCUUCAGAUCACUGGAGCUUUAAUAAAACCCUUUCCAACCUCAUCAGGAAAAACAUUCUGAGAUUCCUGGAUCCCGAGAGGGACAUAUCUAUUUUAAAAGGCACAUUGAAACCAGGAGAUGUCAUCCACUAUGUUCUCGACCGGCACAGCACUACAAAUAUCUCAGAGAACCUGUAUCGUCUUCUUCCCACCGUCUCUCCUAUGAGGAACCAGCACCACAGAAAGUGUGCCAUUGUUGGGAACUCUGGGAUUCUGCUCAAUAGCAGCUGUGGACAAGAAAUCGACUCUUAUGACUUUGUCAUCAGGUGCAACCUGGCCCCGGUGAAGGAGUACUCGGUGGACGUGGGCCGGCGCACCAACCUGGUGACCAUGAACCCCUCGGUGGUGCAGCGGGCCUUCCAGGACCUGGCCAGCCCCGAGUGGCGGGCCCGCUUUGUGGCCCGGCUGCAGAGCCUCCGGGGCAGCGUGCUGUGGAUCCCCGCCUUCAUGGCCAAGGGCGGGGAGGAGCGCGUGGAGUGGGCCGCGCGGCUCAUCCUGCUGCACACCGUGGGCAUCCGCACCGCCUUCCCCUCGCUGCGCCUCCUCCACGCCGUGCGGGGAUAUUGGCUGACGAACAAUGUGCAGAUCAAGCGUCCCACCACGGGGCUGCUCAUGUACACCAUGGCCACGCGCUUCUGUGAGGAGAUCCAUUUAUACGGCUUCUGGCCCUUCCCGCUGGACCCGCGAGGCAGGCCCGUGAAGUACCACUACUACGACACCCUAAAGUACGACUACACGUCGCACUCCAGCCCCCACACCAUGCCGCUGGAGUUCAGGACACUGAACACGCUUCACAGGAAGGGGGCGCUAAGGCUCCACACUGGGACCUGUCCUACUGGGCGACUGCCAGUGGAGAGCGGCCAAGACCAACAGGGCUCCAAGUAAGGUCGUCGUGGAAACAUUUGGUUGAACGGCUCGGGGAAUACCUUGUGUUUGACCAAGCAUACAAAGGCCUAGCCGAUGGGGCCGUUGGCCAGCAUAGAAUGUAAUUUAUACAUGUUAAGAUUUCUAUUGUAAUCUUUAUAAUUACCGUAAAUGUUGUAGUAAGUGCUAAGAUCAGCUUUUGGCUGGUGCUAAUUGUUUACAAAUAUUUGAUGGCUGUUUUAUUUCAUUAAUUUAUUUCAUUCAACUUUUUGGUUCAUUAUGGAUACAUUUAUAUAAACAAUUUGAGUAAUGAUACUGCGUUUGUAUUGUAACCUUUCUGGGACUGAACAGUAUUUUUACAGAAUGUAUUGGCUAUUUUCUCCAUGUGGUCAAAAAUGUUCACCCUUUGAAAAAAACCUUUAUUUGAGCAAUAUGUUUCAAUAUAAAUUGUAAAACUUUGAGCACAAGCACCAAUGUGCAAUGUUGCAGCUUUUUUUGUUUUUGAGGAAUUGCAUUCUUCUAUUGAUGAAAACCUACAGCUCACAUUCCAUGCGGUUUUGGUCUUCCUUUAUACAUUAGUAAUUAUAUGGAUGUACAAAAUCAUCAUGCCUUAAAAUAUCCAGAAUAUUUUGUAUCGAGAAUUUGUAUUAACCUUGAAUCCUGCUCUAGUGGUGUGACUUUUUUUGCCUGUUUACAAAAAGAGAGCUCAACUAAUAUGACCUUUCUUUCAAGCUUAUUGGAAAUCAAACCCAGUUGGUUUACUCUCCAUUUGACCUUAAUCUGAGAAAAUCCAUGAUAGGCCUGAAAUAUCUUUUUGGCAUUUCUUUUUUCUGUGUGUUCACUUUAUCUUGGCAUAUAUAGAAUGUAUAUUCCGGCCAUUUAACAUUGGCAAAUAUUUAAACUAUCUACAUCUUCAUUAGUAUAACACUUUAAAUCUCAGAGUGCCUGUAAAGCUGCCUCUUUAUAACGUAUAACAGACAAAAAGGAUGAUACAUUAGGAAAGUCCUAUUUGUUAGAAUGUCGUGAUCUCCAUCUAUGUACACAGGCAACAGUUCUUGAUUCCAGCAUUUUUAAGCAAGCAUAUGUUCAUUAGAGGACACACCUGUUGAUGGAGGUUACCACUGUUUGACUUCACUGAAACAAGGAGUACCCUGUGUGUUAUCGACCAUCAAGUAAACAGACAUUUGGUUCCCUUUUGAACGGAUUCCUCCGUAGACUCUACAUUUCCCUGAUAAUGCUGCUAAUGAAGUUAACUGAUAAUAGAUAUACCAGUGACGUUAGACAUCAGCCGGCUGAGGUCACAAAUGUUUGUUUGUAUAGGUAGAGAGUUUGGCAAAAAUGGGAAACCUCCUCUGCCCAUACUGCUAGGUUGAUAAGCCAAUCUCCCAGCAGCAGCACUUACAGUACUAUUCCACUGAGGUGCAAUUUUCUGAUUGUAAAAUUCAUGGUUUCUAUAUAGCGUUAAACUACUUAUGUAUGUAUUAUGCCUAUGUAUAAUAAAAAUUAACAAUAAUACUGCCUUUAAAGAAAUGCAUGUCUGAUUAAGAUGUGAUUGUGUGGCUCGAUUACUUUUGUGCGAUGAGAACAUU